CAGAAGAUUGGUCACCAAUGUUCAUCUGAAUUAUUCACAAUUCUCUCGCUCAAUUAUUGAAAAUAUGGCGGCAUUGGAUAAACCUGACUGGUUAACAGAUGAUUUCCUCAAGUCUUGCCUGGAAUCAGAUGGUGAACAAAUAACCCAAAACAUAAUAGAGAUAAGCCACUCUAUUGAGCACGCUGUGUCUCCAGGUAAUAAUUAUGGAAGUAUGAUGUUUCGAGUGAACAUAAUCUAUAAAAAACUGGGUAGCGAUUCUGAACACUCAUUGUCCUUAAUUGUAAAAGCACCGAUUGAGCAGAGUCAAUGUUCAGAAGAAGGCAAGAAACUUUCAAAUGAAGGAUGCAUGAUUGAACAAAGAUAUUACAGCGAAUUUAUCACCAACACUUUUGACUUGAUGAAACACAACAUUGUUCCAAAACACUACAAAUCACCACACCCUGGUUGUAUUAUACUGGAGGAUCUGAAAUCUUUGGGCUACGAGAUGGUUGACCGCCAUAAAAUGUUGGACUUCGACCACUGCCAGCUUUAUAUUAAGGCUUCAGCAAAACUGCAUGCUCUGUCAAUGGUCUUAUAUGAAACACGACCUGAAAUGUUUGAAACAGUUUUGAACCGGAGCCAAGAUUUGUUGGAACUUUAUGAAAAAAUUACAAGAUUUACGGUGUUGGGCAGUUUUCGCUGCAUGGCCACUUUCCUGGAAGGAAAGUCAGGUUGUGAAAAGUAUCUCAAUAUACUAAAAGAAGCAAUUGAUAACGAACUCUUUUUGGACAUUUUUGAGGAAAAUAACCAUUUAAAACCACCCUUUGGUAGCUCUGACCCAAAACGAUCCCUGGUGUGCCAACAUGAUGUUCAAGUAUGACAACAACGGAAACGUUAUCGAUAUAAAAAUAUUUGACUUUCAGCUUGUGGAACUCUCCCCUCCACUGAAGGAGUUUAUGACUUUUGUGUGGAUCUCUGCUGAUCAAAAUGUCAGAGAAACCAAGUUGAGUGAUCUUUACAAACUUUACUGUAAGUCAUUAAAGGCCAACUUAGCCGAACUAGGAUACCAGAAGAACAUUGUUUUAAGAGAUUUGGAAUCAGAAAUAGUCACUUGGAGUCCUCUAAUCCUGUAUCGUAUUUGUAUGAAUGUGCCUGUAAGUCUGGCUGACGAAAAGGUACAAUUAAAAGACUAUUUCAAUGGAAAUAUUUUGGAAAUGGAGUCUGUCAAAGAAAGUCCAGUCUACAAGACUGUGUUCGAGGGAACCACAUUCAACAAGUUAUAUCUAAAGUUCUUCCAGCAAAUUGACAAACUUGGAGUUUUUGAAAAUAUAAAGAAAAUGUUGGAUCAGGCAAAAUCAAAAAGGAACCAUGUAUAAUUUGUGGUAUUCAAGUACUUUUAGACGGGGACAUAUCUAUUUUAGAGACACCGUAUUUUGUUAAUGAUAUUUUACUAUUUAAAGACAAGUUCCGUAUUUCAUGGAAAUUUUUAUCAAAUAUUUAUUACUUACUCAUCAUUUUAUCAAGUUUUUAACAAGUUUUGUGUGUGUGUAAUAUGGAUAAAUCUUUCACAUUUAAUUAAGUUUGUUAAUUAAUGUUGUUUUACAUCUAAGGAUUAUGGUUUGUUCUUAGGUUUAUGGUUUGUUCUGAGGUUUAUGGUUUGUUCUCAGGUUUAUGGUUUGUUUUAAGGUUUUAAGGCCUUCACAUAUUUUUGUUGUAGUUUGUGUUAUCAUUUAUAGGCUUAGGUUGGUAAUAUAGGAUAUAUAUGAAUGUUGCGUAAUUUUAUAUAAUUUAUUAAAUAUUUUAAACUUUUAUCUUAGAAUGUAAGGUAUCAGUGUAAUUCAAGUCCAGCAAUGUUGCAAUUUCUGUACACAUAAAUGUACUCAUAAGCUCCUAUCUUACAGAUAAAUGUAUUUGACUUAAAACUAAAGUAACAAUUAGUCAAUUGUUGAAAGUGUGAUUGUUCUUCAAUGUGACACUUUAUUAAAAUUAAACCCUUAAAAGAUAUUAUGAUUAAAUUAUAAGUAAUUUAUCAGUCUGAAGAUACUCAAUUGAAAUAUAUUAUCCCAUGUCUAGUAACAAUUAGGACUCAAUACUUAGUAGCUCAAUCAUGUAAAUCCCCAGCCUAGCGUUGUUGUUCACCUGGUGGUCUUAAAGUCCAGUAAUGGCUGUUCAAUCUUACACAACAGUUAGACAGCUAAUAAUGAUCUUGCUUGACGAGUUUAUUACAUAGAGUAAGCACACAAAAAUUGCUGAAUGUAUAAAGACACCAUGUGUGCUAUUGAGGCACAUUAGAAUCCCUCACAUCUGACCCUGACAGAACUGGACCGUGGUCAGAACGGAAAAAAGUUGGAUAAUCCUAGGAAAAAAAUAUUUGACCAUAAACACACAUGCAGUAUGCUUAAUUUAUGAACAAACACUCCAAUAAAUGAGACAUUUUUAUUUUUGUGAGGCCUUUUGUGUUCAAUGAUCACAUCGUCAGAAUCAUUGUUAUUGUGCAAAGCCGAGGAAGAAGAAACCACAAGUGACAACGUAGUGAGUUAUUCUGCUGCUAAAGACGCCUUUGGUUGCGGUGCUGAAAUACAUCGAGCAACAUCUAAACGAAACCCUGAUGGAUGUAUUAUGGGCAAAAAGUGGAGGGACGGGCAAAAAUCUAUUACUGAAUUCUUUAAAUAAGGUACUGUACAUACAUUAAGAUUUUAUUCAUGUUUUCAUUUAAUUUAAAACUGUAAAUGUUUGAUAUGUAUUCAGCAACAUACGAAUGCUGGUAUUUACAAGUACAAUAAAGUUGUUCGCUUAUUGUAGUACACUGCAUACAUGUAGUUUUUUUACCUGGGAAAGUCGUUUUUGCUCCUUCCGAUAUCAGACUUUUGGCCGUUCAGAUCAUGGCUAGGUCUUGUCAUGGUCGGAUAUGAGAGGUUCUAGUAUAUGACAAUUGCCUUAAAAAUAUAAGAACACUUCCAUUAGAACUUAAAAAUAAGUGGAAAACUGAAUAGGUCGAGAAGACAACUUGACAAGGACACGGGUAGAGAAUAACAUAAAAUGAAAAUUAAAAUGUUCCAGUUCAACUUUUCCAGGUUGAUCAAUUAUUGCUGAUAGUUUUUACUGGCAAGAUUAUGUUUUAGAGUACUUAUGAAAAUAUUAGUUUAAUAAAAAAAGUAUAUGACAAACUUUUAAAUUGUAAACUCAACAAAUAAAUCAGUUAAAAUUGAUCUAACUAAUGGAAUCUGCAAAUAAAAAUUAGUAAUAUAGAAACUGUACAAUAAAACAGAAAACGAAGAUGAUGAAGAGGGGUCAGAAAUACUAACAUAUAAAACUAUAUACGAGUAACUUGGUAAUAUAUUUCAGUUGAUAAAUCAUACAUCAACAGACCACCAAUAACAAAACAAAAAGAUGCUACUUAAUCUGCAGGAGUUUAUGGAAAUAGUCCCUCUAUUAUUAAUUGACAUUGAGUGGGCUAGCUGUGUGGUGCCACUAAAGUCACUAUAAUCCUAGAGCCGACUCACUACUCAUUUACCAGUUGUGCCUCACAGUUGCUAAGCUCAGUUCUUCAGUGAUAUUCUUCUCAGAAACACUAAACACUAAGUUAUAUAUAUUCUUAUUAUAUAUAUAUAUACAUAAUAGUGGUCUCCCCUGAUUCAUAGCUUGACUCCUGGCAGCCCUCUACAUAUACACAAUCAUCUUCAUCUCUAGUAUAUAUACAUAUAAGAGUGUAACAGAACCAAUCCUGAUUAUGUAAUCUAGAAUAGACUGAUUACCGUAAAUUUAUUAAAAACUGUCAUAUAAUCAUUCCAUAAGGUAACAAAAAUAUUUUAAAUACAUAAAUGUUAACAUUUUAAAUGAUAACAUUUUAAGUUUACAUACUCUUAUAUAAUACACUCAUAAUACCUAAUAUAAAUGGAAAUGUUAAAAGAAUAAGAAUAAAACUGAUUGGUGCUACCAACAUAAUUUUCCAGUAAACAGUUACACAAUUUGUUACUUAAGAAAGAAUUUAAUUUAUACAUCUAUUUGUUUGAAAAUGAACUAAAAUUAGUCAAAUGUCUUUAAAAUCAUUCUUAAUAAAUACUUCUAAAUUAUACAAAAUAAAUAUUAUCCAACAAAAUUAUAGUUAAAUAAUGUAUUAAUAUAUUAUACUUAAAAUAUAUUUAUUUCUUUUCACAAUAGUUGUAGUAACAAACAGGUAUAUCAACCAACUAAAAUUUUAUAUCAGGUGAAAGCACUUGUUAUGUAAUCAGUUACAAUGUACUGGUACAUGACUAUCUUUGUUAAUCACUACAACAAAGAUAAGUGUGUUUGUAUGUAUAGUGCCACAGCAACCAUUCACACUUUUAUUCCAGCUACUCUAGCACUGUUUUUGAAAAUAUAGGAUUUUGCUAAAAAUUAUUACAACAUGUUAACAAUAAAUAAAAUUCAGAACCAAAUUGAAAGAAUUCUUAGUAGACAUGUUAUUACUGUAUAAAUUAUUAUUUGUGUGAUAACUUUUAAUUAGGUUCAAUAUUAUUUGUAGUUAUUUCAUACUUUAUUUUCAUUUGUUUUAUUGUUGUAUUUGAUAUUGAUAGUUCUACAUAUUUUCUAGCAUUGCUGGUAUGUAAAUAUGUUUUAUUAUUUUAAAGAGAUUUAUAGGAAUUACUUUGAAGACAUACAAAUGUUGUAGAAAAAUGUAAACAUGUACUUGAUAAAUGUAAGUAUUUAAUAUGUUAUGUGAAGAUUUAUAUUUACAAAAAUUACAAAGUAACAUGUUUUAAGAAAGCAA